ACGAAUAAGACCGAGGAAAAAACUAAGGCCGACCCCAGGUGGAAAAUAUAGAUACUAUGGAAUAUAUCGUGCUCCACCCGGCAGAAAACUUGGUAAACCCACAGUAAUUCUAAAAAGCUUGAAGAACGCGAGAAGGAAUUGUCAACGUCUAGCGCGCAUGCGCCGCGCGUGGGCAUUUGCUUUGCGGUUUGGUCGUCAGUGCUUUAUCGCAAAAAACCAUCCUCGCAAAUUUCUGAGGUUUGGUCUUCCUCGAACGAAAAUGCCUGGUGCCCUGAAAGUUUACAUAGCCAGAGGAGCUACCAACAUACUAAAAAUUAGACCCAGGCCGAGACCGAGACCUUUACCUCGUCCCAGGCCACGACCGAGACCAGGAGGACGACCUCGAAUCAGACCUCGUCCCAGGCCUCGUCCGAGACCUCAAAUUAGGCCUCGUCCAAGGCGUAAAAGAUAUAUGUACGUCGGAAGUUACCGUCCACCGCCCAGUCGUAUACUCGGACGACCAAUCAUAACAUUUAGAAGCAAAGUUAACAUACGAAGGAGAUGUGAAAAGAUAGCAAGAACCGGAAAUUACCGAGCAUUUGCCCUACGGUACGGUCGACAAUGUUACGUAGCUCGCCUGAAAAGUACGAAGUUUACAAGGUAUGGGCGCUGGCGAUUGAUAAGACCUGGUGCACUCAAGGUCUAUGUAAGCACGACUGGUAAACCUAUACGCCCUCGCCCCAGGCCACGCCCGAGGCCGAAGUUACCAGGAAGAAGAUAUGUGCCUAAAUACAUCGGAAGGUACCGCACUCCUCGUAGAUUGGGAAGAGCUGUCCUCACUUUCAGACGACGUUCGUCCGCUCUACGGAACUGCUACCGCUUGGCUCGAGCACGAAGGGCGAGAGCAUUUGCUGUCCGUGCCGGAGUAAGCUGCUACUUAUCUAAAAUGACGUCGGUCAAGUUUACAAGGCUCGGAAAGACUCGAGUAGGGGGCCUCAAAGUUUACGUGAUAAGGAGAGGUACAUCUAGGCCCCGGCCUCGACCCAGGCCGUCGCGACGCUUAUGGAACUAUCGUCGCCUCGGUACAUACAAAGUACCACGGGGCCGUUCAUCUCCAGGCCGCAGAUACUUAGGCACGGUCAGACCCAGAUUAAAUCCCGCCAAGCAGUGCGCUAUCAUGGCGCGAAAGGCAAGAUAUCGCUAUUUCGGAGUACGAAGCAGACGCUACUGCUAUGGAGCAAGCUUACGUUCACCACUGACAAGAUUUGGAAAAACGUUUGGUGUUGGAGGAAUGGUUGUUUACAAGAUUGGAAGAGGGCGUCUGAGACCUAGGCCAAAGACAACAGUGUGGCAUUAUCGAUACGUCGGCCGCUACAAAUCACCCACUUCAACGCGUUUGGGUCGAUUUAUUGGAAGGAUGAGAGGGAAAACGAAAGUGUUUGAAUGUGCACGACGUGCCAAAAGGAUGGGAUACCGUGCAUUUGCUUUGCGCAACCGAGGAGAUUGUUACGUGUCAAGAUACUCGUCAACUUACUCCACUAAACCUAGGGUGUUUGGGCGCUUCAUGGCGAGCACUGGUGGACCGCGUGCUAUAGAUGCUUAUGUGAUCAGGAAAGGUCGUUUCAAGCCUCGCCCCAGGCCUCGUAAAGGAGGCUUUGCCUGGCAUUACCGUUGGUUGGGACGAUUCAGAUCGCUAAAAGGAAGAGGUUUGGGCACGAAAAUAGGUAGAGUGACAGGGAGAAAGAAGGUGUUCAGUUGCGCUCUCUUAGCAAAACGCCGAGGUUUCAAAGCAUUCGCUUUACGCCGGAAUGGAAUCUGCUACGGAACUCGAUCAUCUAGAACGUAUGCAACCAAACCCAUAAUCAAGGGUCGCUUCAGAGCUGGCGCAGGAGGAUCACGUUUCAUUGAUGCUUACAUGAUAGGGAAAGGUCAUUACAGACGGCCAUUGAGAAAAGGAGUUAAGGGUCGCUCUCGGAAAGCAAGACAACGAAAGCGAAUGAAACAAAUAAGAGCUGUAAGGAGAAGAGUGAGACGAACUAAGAGAAAGCAGCAGCGAGUGGCAAAAACUAGAAAACUGAAACUGAGAAUAAUAAAACGAAUCCGACUGCUAAAGGUUUUGAAGAGGAAGGUAGUCCGAGUUGUUGUACGGGUCCGUCGUUUGAAACGACUGGGGAACAUAAAACGCCUCAGGUUGGCAAGAAAAGCAAAAAUUGUCUUGGUUAAAAGAGUGCGAAAAAUGAAGAGGAAAAUACAGAGACGCAAGUUAAGACUCAAACUACGAUUAGCGCGAUUGAAGGCAGCAAAACACCGAGCUAGAAUCCAGCGAGCUAGACGACGGGCCAUGAGGUUGUUGCGAUUCAGAAUGAAGCAGCGCAUGCGGAGAUUGAAGUUACUUGCUCAGCAGAGGAGGGCCCGUGCCCUUCGAAUAGCCAGGCUGAAACGUCUGAGGCGAUAUCGUCGGUUAGCCAUGCUGCGCGCACGUCAAAGAGCGCAAGCAGCGCGCAUGAGACUGUUGAUAAGGCAAAGGAUGCUUCAAAUCAAGCGGAAACUAGCUCUGAGACAAAGAAUACUCAGAUCAAGAUACCUGAGGAGACGACAAAGAGCGUCGAGACUACGUAUCCAGGCGUUUAGGGUCAAAGCUCGUCAACGAAGAGCAAGACAGCAGCUUUCAGUUCUAAGGAAACAGUUGGUCAAUGUGGCGAAGAGGAUGGUGUACUACAGGAGAUAUCGGCAAUACAGAUAUUUGAUGAUGAUGCGAGGCCAGAGGCGACAGCUGAUGAAACGAGCGAGUAAUGCUCGAGUCCGUUGGUUCCGAUAUCAGAAACAGCUACAGGAGAACAGACGCAGACAGCGCAUGCUCGUGCUCAGGCAACAGCGAGCGAACAAGAGCUUCAGGCAGUUCCAAAGGAAAAAGAGAUUGUUGUUUGCGCAACAACAGCAGAAACUGAGAAAGCUCAUACAGCGGAUGAAGAGUACGCGUCGAGUACGAGUUGGGAAGAAGAGAGGAGACAUUCUCAAGAAAAAGCCCUCGAUGACAAGUUUGAAUAGCAAGAAAGAUAAAGAAGCCAAUACUGUUCCCAAAGAGUUUCGGUCAGCUGAUUUUUUCUGGUCGUUCGAAGAUGCAUCGGGCGCGUACAUAUCCCAUGAUACUGUUCAAAAGCGUCCAGCGCGGCUCAUGGGAGGAUCACGAGUUGUCCCAGAGACCGGACGGGGUCUGGUGGCCAGCACUAGUAAAGCAAGAGGAUGGAUCUCUCUCGGAGACUUUACAGGAAAAUGCUUCAGCGAUCCAGACCAGUGUAGAGAUCACGGAAUGACAAUGAUGACUUCGCUUAAACUUGACAAGAAAUACUUCCACAAGAAAUCCAGCUCGUAUUUCUUGUCCAGCGGAGGUCAGACCACCCAGGCCCGAGGCUUUGCUCUCCUUCAUAUUCUAAACCGCUACAUCCUCAUACUCAGCACAAAAAAUAGCCAGUGGAAGUUGGAAACACGUGACCUUCCAGAUGGAUGGUUCAACAUUGCCUUUUCCUGGGAGAAGAAGGGUUUACUUAAGCUGUAUGUAAACGGAAAGGAAGUGUCUAGGGGAGAAGCUAUGAGUGUUUCAAGACCGAAGGAUUCUUUCUCCACGUUGCAAGUUGGACGACCAAACAAUUCUCACUCUCCAAAGUUUAGAGUACCGCUGGAAAUGGAUAAUAUUGCUCUCUGGGAGAGAGCUCUCACAAGCAAGGAGAUAGGCGCCUUGGCUGAUAAGGAUUUGAAGACAACUUCCAAAACAAAGGAAAAGAAAGAUUGAAAUACAGGUCAAACAAUGUUGAAGCAAGAUUCACCGUCACCAAGAGCAGUGAAAAGACGUGUUAUUCUCAAUACUUCUCAGUACGUUUGAUAAUAUUUUUAUUUACUUGCUCAUCGUCGCGAUGAUUCAGUGGGAGGCUGUUAGCCAGAUGAUGACGAGUUUGUUGCUCCAGUACCGUUCUAUUUGCGGACAAAUCACCUUGAAUCAGGGAACUAUAAUAACAAAUGAAGUGCUAUGAAAAAUUGAAAUCAUUCUUGAAUCAAAGUAAUCGCUAUAGUGUAUAGCGAUUACUUUGCUAUAAAUCUGAUUCUAGCAGUAAUGUUAUUAUAUGAGACUUUGUAAUCUGGCUACAACAGUUUUUUCAUCGGAUUCUAAACUUUAUUGUAUGACGCUUUGUAAUCUUGUGACAAAAAUUUUAUAUUUUAGUUUAGCACCACAGUUUUGCUAUUCUAAUGCUCUACCUAAAUUCUACCGCAAUUUUUUUUGCAUUUGAUAAGACUUUUAUGGUCUUAAUUAUUUGAGAAAAAUGAUAGGCGAUUGUUCGCCGGAAAUUUGGAACUAUAUUUGAGCUCAGAUUUUAGGGGCAGUUUUACAUAGCACUGUGUAAUUUUUUAAUAAUUUUGUGCGGUCAGUUAUUGGAUGUAGGAUUUAGACUGAUAUUUGACGGACGAAAGCAUUAUUUUUCUUCUGGUCGCGAAAAAAAUCCAGUGGAUGGCAUUUUGAAUCUGUGAUUUUUUUGGAGUUAUAUGACCAAGAUUAUAGCCGUAGUUGGGUUAGAGUUUGUUUUAGGCCUCGGAUGAGUAGGACAGAGAUUGUUGAAUUAUCUAGUUUAGUUCAGUAUUACUUGUAGAGAGGUAAUUUAAACUCAAUAAACAAAAACUAACCAUC